AUGUCCAACAGGCAGAUCACUUCUCAGUGGUUUGUUCACUCUUUGAAGGGUGUGGAUGUUUUAUUUCAGUUGCUAAAGGAAAGUGCUCAUAUAUUUUACAGGCUAUACACUUUAGAUGGAAAACCUGUCGAGAGUGGGAUGGAUUUGGAAAAUGGGCAGUUUUACGUAGCGGUUGGCAGAGACAAAUUUAAGAAGUUGCCCUAUAGUGAAUUGCUGUUCACGAAGUCCACCAUGAGGAGAUCGUAUGGCGCAAAAUCAUCUUCACUACCUCCUAUUGGUGGAUCUGGAAAGUCUAAGGGGAGUUCCAAAUCUACUGACACAGCAGAAACAGUGUCCUCUCCUCAACCUCCGAAGAGAAAGGAAAAGCACGUACAGAAUCAAGAUAUUAAAAAACCUGCUAAAUCAAAAGAAAAUGUAAAAGCAGUGACCAGAUCUCAUGUUCCCCCAGAUAAUGAGGAGGAAGGAGUUUACAAGGCUGGCAAAAAGCGAUCAGAAAUGAGGGGGGCUGUGGAAGUCCAGGAAGAUGAAGACACUCAAACUGAGGUCCCACUUGACCAGCGGCCAGCGGAAACUGUGGAUGAGGAAGAGACCAUGGCACCGGAACAUAAAGCUCGGCAUCAAGAAAACUAUUCAGCUAUGAAUGGGGAGGUGGAUCAGAGUGGAGAAACAGGGGAGGCCAUCAAUGGAACAGAAGAGAAUCUGAAUGGCCAUUGUGAUGAUGAGCAGCAAGGGCAGAACCAAGAUGAGCCUAGCAGUCAUGCGCAUGGGGGAACAAAUGAGGAAAAUGGUGAACAGAUGGAUCACAAUCGUCAUGAAGAAGAAACAAAAGAAGGUACUGAUGAUCAAACCCAGGAUGAUUCCAAUUAUGAGAAAACCUCAGCUCCAAGAGUCACCAUCACCAGCCCACAGGAGAGUGAAAAAAACGAACAAACCAAUGAGUAUGCGGCAGUAGCAUAGACAUAUUUUGAAGGACAUAGGUUACCAGAUAAUGAAGGAUUUACUAUUUGGAGUGCAAAGCAAUUUUGUGUGUGUGUGCUUUAUUAAUUUAUAAUGUGACAAUAUGGUGGAGUUCCACCCACUGAACGCUGGCAUGAUAAUGUGGUAUACCAGAACUUAGAUGAUUAAAUGAAUAAUUAAGAGGAAGAUUGAAUUAUAGUCCCCAGAUUUGGUCUUUCUCCAAUGUGAAUUCUAAGGGGAAACAUAGGUGUUAAUUGAAUAAAUACUGCCAUUGCAGAAUGUUGAAUAUUGAACUAGGCCUAAUGUGUACCCAUGUUUGUUUAGAAGAGUUGAAGAAUAUUUUUGCGAAUUUAAAAUGGAGAGCUUGUAAUAUUUUUUUAUAGCUGAAUAAAUCUCUAUGUAUAUGA